UUGAGCCAUCGAAUACGUAUUCCGAUAAAUAGGAAUAAAAAUUACGAAAAAUAAUAAUACAAGAUCUUUUUAUCUCUGAAAAAUUCUACAUCAUGAAAUUAUUUAGUUAAUAAUAAUUGAUUAAACUUUACCAUAUUUAUAAUACUUAUAUUGUUAUCAUGUCGUCGUCUUGGAGUGAUAUCUCCAUUGUCACAGAUGAAAAGGGAAAGCCUGAUUUCAAUAAAACAAUAGAAUUCAUAAAAAAAGAAAUAUUAAAACAAAAAUCUGUUGUAAAUGAAUCUAUGAAAGAUAAAGUUAUUGAGCUUGAACAGAAUAUUAAACCAGAUGAAAUAUUAAUAAAGGAAAGCGAACAAAUUAUUGAAGAAAUAAAAACUUUGCAAAAUCGUAUAAAUGAUCAGGUAAAAGUAAAAUUAUCUGCUUCGUCAAAAGAUUUACAAAAGCUUUCCUUAGACUUGAAGGAAUAUAAUUAUAGUCUAAAUUUAUCAAAUCAAUUGUUACAAAUCUUUAAUGCUUUUGAAUAUAUUGAAAAUUACAAAACUAGUACAGAAAAACAGCAAACAGCUGUAGCAAUUACUUUAUUAAAAUUAUAUACCUUAGUAAUUGAUAAAAGUGUAGAUAUUCAAGAAUUAAAUAUAUAUGAAGCUUUAAAGGAAGAAUAUUAUAAAAUAUAUGAUAAUUUUAUUGAAGAAAUUGAUAGAUUAUGGCAAGAGAAAAUUUGCUGGAAUGAAACAAAUUUAACUUCGGAAUUAAAAUCUGUGACUUUAUGUAUACAGUGUGAUUCUGAUGAAUUAACUGAUAUAGUUCAGGCACUUCAUUAUCACAAGAAACUAUCGAAAUGUAUACAAUCAUUUUCCACAAAAUUAUUGCAAUAUUUUAUUAAACCUAUUAUUUGUUCUAAUUGUGUGAUUAAGAGUAGCGAUAAAACAUUUUAUAUUGAAAUUUUAGAUAACAAAGAAUUACCAUGUGAUAGAACAGUGUUAAAUGAUUUAGUAAUUUUUUUUAAAUUUUUAUAUAAUCAUUUUAAUUUUAUUAUAUUAAACGAAGAAUAUUUUUUAAGUAGGCUUUCAAUUCCAUUAUUACAAGAAUUUUCGCACCUGUUAACCGAAGAGUAUAUUUCUAAAAUAAUCCCUACAUCGAAAUCCGAAUUACAGAAAUUUAAAUUUAUAAUAUCAAAAAUUGAAGAAUUUCAAAAUUAUUUAAUUGAAAUUAAAUUCUUACUUCAAGAUCAAAAAUUUCUAUCUAAAUAUACAGAUAAUCUUGAUAAAUUGUACAUUGAUAAUAAAUGUGGAAAAUUAUUAGAAGUUGCUCGUAAUAUUAUGAAAAAGGAUCUACAUGAUUCAUUUCAAUAUGAACCAGAAAACUUAGAAGAUUUUAGUAAUAAUGAUCAUAUAAAGGAUAUUGUAAUUAAUAGGCAAUUAAGUAAAUUUACUUUUUACUUACCUGCUUGCCAGAUAAGUAAAAGUGCACAAGAAAUUUUGUAUUUAGUAGAAGAAAUAUUGGAAGAAGCAUGUAACAAUUCAGGUGAAUUUGUACUUAGACUUUUUUAUACAAGUAGGAAUAUAUUUGAGAUGUAUGCUGCCCUAAUGCCAGAAAUACAUAAAUCUUUUAUAAAAACAAUACCUCAACAGGCUGCUUUGUUUCAUAAUAAUUGUUUUUAUCUUGCACAUCAAUUAUUGACUUUGCCGUUUAAAUAUAACAAAAAACUGCAAGUUCAUUUACACAAUUUUUCUAUGACUUAUAUAGACCAAGUUUUACUUCUUCGAGAAGUAGGCUCAAAGUAUUUUUUAAAUCAUAUGAAAUAUCAACGAGAUAUCAUUUUUGACAUAUUACAUGAAUCAGGGUUAUCCUUAAUUGGUCAAAUAUCAGAAUUAUCUGCUACUACUGAGCGAGCUUUUAGACAAUGUAUUAGGCAAUUAGAACUGUUGAAAACAGUGUGGAUAGAAAUUUUACCUAUGAAAGUAUAUUGCAGAGUUCUUGGUUGCAUUAUUAAUGACAUGAUUGAUGAUCUUAGUACUAAUAUAGUGAAUGUCGAAGAUAUUCCAGCCAAAAUUGCAUCAGAUUUAGUUACACUUCUCAAUAUGGUAGUUGAAAGAAUACCCCAAAUUUUUCCAAAUUCAGUAUUAAUUGAGCAAUAUAUUAAAAAGUGGAGACAACUAAAUGAACUAAUUAUAAUAUUGGGUGCAUCGUUACAAGAAAUUGAAGAUAGAUGGGCUGAUGGUAAAGGUCCACUUGCAAACGAAUUCUCAUCUCAACAUGUAAGACGAUUAAUUCGAGCACUUUUCCAAAAUACAGACCGAAGAUCUAAGUUAUUACAUAAGAUAAAAGAUAAGUCAUACUAUUCUAGAUAACGCUACUUUGUUGUAUGAGUAUUUGUUUAAUACUUACGGAAUUUCUUUAACUUAUAUAUACAUAAUAGAAAAGUAUUCUU